AUGCGGGAUGGGUAUAUUCUUCUGUUCUGGGUAUUUCCUGUUUUCUUGGAAGGAUGCUGUGAGAAACACAAACAGCGUGAUAAAGGUCCUUUUAUAAAUAUGAGAGAGCAGCACUAUCGAGUUGUGGAGGGAGAAAUGUUUGUGAUGCCGUGCACAAAUAAGGAGGUGACCAAGUACGAAAUGAGAGAAAAUGGAGGACUUUACUUUCACUGCGGAAGAGAGUUCUUGACCAAAGUUGAACAUUCAGGAAAUUACACCUUGGUGAACGGCAGAAUGUCUCUCCAGCUCCAGGUACUGGAGAAACAGCGCUAUCCAUGUUACAAUACUAAAGAGGAGAACGUGGAGCUUCUUGCUGGUGCAGGAGGGACAAUCCCUUGCCCUGGUUUUAACUGCUCGCUUGGUGCAAGUGUCACCUGGUACAAGGGUAACAAAAGUGUCUCAGAACAACGUCGAACAUCCUGCGUGGAGAACGGCGAUUUGCAUCUCUGCCCGGUUCGUCAUGUUGACACUGGACGAUUUUUUUGUGAUCAACACUUUACAGAACAAGGAAUCCAUUGGAUUUUGAAAAGGCCUGUGACAGUAAUGGCCAAACUCUAUGAAAACCCUCCGAGAAUUACGAAACCUAUUGACAACACAACAGACGAAGUGGAGCUCGGCAAGCCUCACACGCUGACCUGUGAGGUCCAUUUUCCUUUUGAGGUUAAAUUUCCUCCACAAGUGCGAUGGUAUGUGAACCAUAGAGAGGAUGGGGAUAACAGAACUCUGUUUCACAGUGAGAACCCGCAUGUGGAAAGGGUGGAAUAUUCAAUAUGCAAGGUCACGCACAACGUCUUCAUACAAGAGGUGACGGCUCUACAUUUGAAGAACACGUACACUUGCAUGGCCAAAAACUCAUUUGGAAAGCACAGCGUCACAAUCAAGCUGAAGAGAAAAGUUCAUGAGAAAUGGCUACUACUCUUCGUUUAUCCAAUCGCGUCAUUGGCUUUGGUUGCUGGCAUGGCCAUCGUUUUGCACGUCAAAUGGUUGGAGCUAAAACUGAUUUACAUCACGCGCUUCCAACGUGGAAAAGCUGAUGCAGAUGAGAAAGAGUUUGAUGUGUUUUUGUCUUAUGUGUGGACACGUCCACAGCUCUCAUUGUCAGGACAAGGUCCUAGUCAAGAAUUAUCUGCAAAAACUUCAAACCAUUUUACAGAUUAUUCAUCCAUCAGUGAUUUGAGGCCACCUGAGGUGAUGAUUCCCAUGGUUUUGGAGGACCUUUGGGGCUAUCGUCUGUGUUUACUAGAGAGGGACAUGCUUCCCGGUGAAGCCUACACAAACGACGUGGUCCGCGCAAUCCGUAGAAGUCAAAUCCUUAUUUGUGUUGUCUCUGCGGAAUAUUUGGCCAACAGCAAUGCUGUGUUUGUUCUGGAGUCGGGAAUUAAGGUUUUGCUGCAGAGUUCUCCUCUUAGAAUUCUGCUAAUAUGGAUGAAUAGAACUUCUGCAUUCUCUUUGGAGGCUGAUUCACCUUUACCUUCGGUCGUCCAAAGGGCCUUGAAGGUGCUGCCUAGCCUGGACUGGAAAUCCGGACACAGUGCAAGAGUUAGCAGCAAAUUCUGGAGGUCACUGAGGAAGGCCUUACCCAAACCUAGAGUAACAUCACAGAACAUUUAG